GCCUUUCUCUCUCAGUUCGCCACUCAGUUCCAGUUUGUUUUUAACCGUAUCUGUCCUCGGAUACAGUGUUUUUGUGGUGUUGGGUUUUUUUGCAAUUUGACUUCUUUUUUCCCCACCUGUUUGUGUCUCACUGCUUACUUCGCAUCUCCCUCACCAGUCUUUUCCUGCAUUACUUUCAACAAAAGUUUCAUUUCUUGAUCAUGGCCAAUUUCAUAAGAAACAAACUGCUUGAAUGGGGGCUAAGAGAGUUGGAGGAACGAUUUGAAGCUAACAAAGUUACAGAGGAAAGCCUUUUCUGUCUUACCAAUGAAGACAUAACUGAGUUAAUCCCUGAAGUUGGUCUAAGGUCAAGAUUCAGAAAGAGACUUGAGGAGUUAAAGGAAAAAGAAAAUCAGAUCUUCAGGGGCAAUCCAACAAAUGGCAAUCCCCAACUAAAAGACAACGUGACUCAGUGACAGAAACAAGAAUAUUAUCUGAAGUGAAAGGCAUCAUGAAAGAUGUCAGUGACAGUCUCCAUGGCCAAGACAAGCUAAGUACUUUCCUAAAGAACAAAAUUAAUGAUUUGGAAACCGACAAGAGAGAGCUUGUUGGUGUCUUUGGAAGAACUGGGGCUGGAAAGAGCUCUUUAAUCAAUGCCAUCAUUAAUGAGAAGAAUCUUUUGGCCACUGGAAUAAUCAGUGCAUGCACCACAGUCAUGAUAAAGGUGGAGGCUAACACUUGCAGCCCAAAGUAUGAGGCAGAAAUUGAGUUCAUUUUGAAGGAGGAGUGGCAUGAUGAAUUAUGGUCACUGAAGACUCUUAAGAAAGGUGAUGACUAUCGGGACAUGGUUAAAAAGCUGUCAGCCCUGUAUGGAGAAGAAUGGAAAGACAAAUCCCCUGAAAACCUCUUGGAAAAAAAGUAUUUCAAAAAUAUUCCAGAAUUUUUAGAGCCCAAGAGGAAAUUUUUGCAUUGUGACACAGCUGAAAAGCUCUCUGAAGAACUUCUUAAAUAUAUAAAGUAUGUUCCAAAGCAGGAAGAUGGAUAUAAAGCACAGCAGUGGUUUUGGCCACUAGUAAAGUGUGUGACUGUCAGGGUGCCAAACAAUAAGUUUCUCCAGCAUGUCACACUUGUGGACCUUCCUGGAAAUGGCGAUCGCAACAAGAGCAGGAACGAAAUGUGGAGACAAAUUGUUGGAGAUUGUUCUACUGUGUGGAUUGUGGCUGAAAUUACUCGGGCAGCAUCAGAGAAUGAGGCCUGGGAGAUUCUAAAAAGUGCACAUGGCCUCAUCGGAAAUGGUGGUCAGUGUGAGCAAAUUCACUUUAUCUGCACCAAGUCUGAUCCUUCAGACAAUCGGUAAGUGAAUUAAGAUGUCAAAGUGCAUAAUUUAAAAAAAAUUUAAAAUCACAUACUGAUCAAUCUUGUUGGAGAAAUAUUUAAUAGUUGCAUUCAGAUAUUUACUAAAAACACAUAAUAUUCUCAACACUAACACUGUACUGGUAAAAUUCUUUGUUAAGUCAGUACCCAACUCACAGCGAAUAAUGGUGUAUUUUUAACAAACAAACAAAACAAACAACUGUUAUUUGUCACCAGUGUUGGGCAAGUUACUUUGAAAAAGUAAUUAAUUAUAGUUACU